UCCGGUUUCCCAGGGCGGAUGCGCCUGCGCUCAGCUGCCUGGGCGGGCUGAAAGGCGCGGGUUGAAAAGUCUCGUUCCAAGUUUGGAGAGAGAGGAGAGCGGCUCAGACCUCGGUACCCGCAAGCGGGGAGGAGGCAGGAGAGAAGGACGCGGCGUCUGGGGGGGGAGCACCCAGGCAGCCAGACCAAGCUCAGGCUACCCGAGCUAGGAGUGCGUGACGUGCUUGGGUAAGGCAGGAGCGCCUGCGUUCAGGCUGCUCUUGGCUAAACGAGAGAAGUCCGAGGAGGCAAAGGGAGGCGAACGACCCGACGCAAGAUGGCGAGUAAAGAGAUGUUUGAAGAUACUGUGGAGGAGCGUGUCAUCAACGAAGAAUAUAAAAUCUGGAAGAAGAAUACACCGUUUCUGUAUGACCUGGUUAUGACCCAUGCUCUUCAGUGGCCCAGUCUUACCGUUCAGUGGCUUCCUGAAGUGACUAAACCAGAAGGAAAGGAUUAUGCCCUGCAUUGGCUAGUGCUGGGCACUCAUACAUCUGAUGAGCAGAAUCAUCUGGUGGUUGCUCGAGUCCAUAUUCCUAAUGAUGAUGCACAGUUUGAUGCUUCCCAUUGUGAGACUGACAAGGGAGAAUUUGGUGGCUUUGGUUCUGUAACAGGAAAAAUUGAAUGUGAAAUUAAAAUUAAUCAUGAAGGAGAAGUAAACCGUGCUCGUUAUAUGCCACAGAAUCCUCACAUCAUUGCCACAAAAACACCAUCCUCUGAUGUGUUGGUUUUUGACUAUACAAAACAUCCUGCUAAACCAGAUCCAAGUGGAGAAUGUAAUCCCGAUCUUAGAUUAAGAGGCCAUCAAAAGGAAGGCUAUGGUCUUUCCUGGAAUUCUAAUUUGAGUGGACAUCUCCUGAGCGCAUCUGAUGACCAUACUGUCUGCCUGUGGGAUAUAAAUGCAGGACCAAAGGAAGGCAAAAUUGUGGAUGCUAAAGCAAUCUUUACUGGCCACUCAGCUGUUGUAGAGGAUGUGGCCUGGCAUCUUCUCCAUGAGUCCUUGUUUGGAUCUGUUGCUGAUGAUCAGAAACUUAUGAUAUGGGACACCAGAUCCAAUACUACUUCUAAGCCAAGCCAUUUGGUGGAUGCACACACUGCUGAGGUCAACUGCCUCUCAUUCAAUCCCUACAGCGAGUUCAUUCUAGCAACUGGCUCUGCAGAUAAGACUGUAGCUUUAUGGGACCUGCGCAAUCUAAAACUAAAACUCCAUACCUUUGAAUCGCAUAAGGAUGAAAUUUUUCAGGUCCACUGGUCUCCACAUAAUGAAACUAUUCUGGCUUCAAGUGGUACUGAUCGCCGCCUGAAUGUGUGGGAUUUAAGUAAAAUUGGAGAAGAACAAUCAGCAGAAGAUGCAGAAGAUGGGCCUCCAGAACUCCUGUUCAUUCAUGGAGGACAUACUGCCAAGAUUUCAGACUUCAGUUGGAACCCCAAUGAACCUUGGGUCAUUUGCUCAGUGUCUGAAGAUAAUAUCAUGCAGAUAUGGCAGAUGGCUGAAAAUAUUUACAAUGACGAAGAGUCGGAUGUCACGACAUCGGAACUGGAGGGACAAGGAUCUUAAACCCAAAGUAUGAGGUGUUUCUGUUGAAUGUAUUGCUACAUGAAUGCUUGAUUUAUCAAGCGCCAAAAAAGCAUUGUAUAGUAGGAAAUGUAAGUGGGAUGGCUUAUGGCGUUCUUUACCCUCUGAUUCUAGCACUUUCAAGUGAGCUGUUGCGUACUGUAUCAUAUUGUAGCUAUUAGGGGAAAAAAGGAAUGUUGCUUAAGAAAGGACAUCAUUAUUGUUUUAAAAUACACGUUGCUGGGUAUUGCCUUUGAUUCAACUGUUUUAAGUCCUCAUUUUCUCAAACUUUUAAGUGCUUGCUGAAGUUCCCAAAUAUGCAAGGAUAACUUUUACACACUUUUUCCUUCCAACACUUCUUGAUUGGCUUUGCAGAAAUAAAGUUUUAAAAUAAA